AUGAGUAAGGUGGACUGUCCUAGUGAAGCCAAGGACUUCACGGUGAACGGGACGCUGGCGAACGUCGUAAGUCAUUUCGCGCCUACAUGGAGCGACCCCUCCUGCGCUUCCACGGCCGAUGGAAAGAAGACGGUGUCCUUUCUCCUAAACAUCGUGUCCUGUGUUCUCGCACUCCCGCCGGAGAGUGCACCCGUUCUGUCGAACCUGGACGAGCGGAUCCUACCAGCCUUUUGUGCGCUUUGCUCGGCCGAACCAGAGCUGCGUUACAUGUAUCCCAAGGUGGCCGGCGCUGUAGUAGGCGCAAUGCUGGAGCAGAAGACCAUAAGGGACCUGUUUCAUUUGGCCGACACGGUGGGUGUGGAUGUCGAAUCUUGUACCAGCCAUGAGGCCAUGGUGCAAGUUCUGUUAUCGUCCGGGAAAGCACUCCUUCCUGGCUCAGUGCCAAAUGCCACAACGGACCGCAGUGCGCUCAUGGAGUUGUUCAAUGCCACGAAGGGCUCGUCGUGGACAAACAAGACGGGUUGGGGAACAUCUGCUCCUCUCCAACAAUGGCACGGAGUAACUGUGGAUGGUGCAGGCCGGGUGACUACUCUGAAGCUCGGAUGGAACAAGCUUUCAGAUUCGCUUGAAGACUCCUUGGUGGAGAGUGAGAUCCAGCUCGCAUCAUACAUGCAAGCCAUCAACGGGUGCAAGGAUUGA